GGAAGCUUCCUUUUGCUCUCUGCUACGUAGAUGGCUUUAUCUAUAUGUUAGGGCUUCGAAGGAAACUUCCUUUUGCUUUCUGCUAAGUAGAUGGCUUAAUCUAUAAGUUAGGGCUUCGAAGGAAGCUUCCUUUUGUUCUCUGGUAGGCAGAUGGCUUUAUCUAUAAGUUGAGGGCUUAGAAUAUUUGCUUUGUUGAGGGCUGGCGUUAUUUGGUUGAAGUCUUGGCAUUCUUAGAGAAUCCUUGUUUUGUUUGUCACUAAUCGGUAUGGCAGAGCAACAAGAGCGCACAGUGAGGCUCAAAUUCAAGAGGUUUCUCUUGAAUGGAGGACCAUUGAUGCCCCAGGGCUACCGUUUGGCAACGGUUGAAGAAAUCAGAACGAAUUUAGACAUGUUUAGGACACGGGAACUGCCCGUGAAGAGGAUUGCCGCUCGUUACAAAGAGGGUGGUGGUGACAUACGUCUUUUGGACGGAUGGGUGCCUGCUGAUUUUAGUGAUGUCAAAGAAGAAUUCAAUCAUAACUGUAGUUGGAACGCUGUAGUCAAGGAAAAAGUGUGGAAUGGGACUGAAAAAAAAUGGCGGAACAGCUCAGAUCUAUACUCGUCAGCUGGUUUUUCGUUGCGAGAACGGCUGUACAAUGGAAUCAAUCUUUCUUCAAACGGAGAAGAAACUGCAUGGCUCCACGCUUAUUGUUAUCGAGAUGUCGAGUUGCUGUAUUGGUUGUGGGAAACCUAUCCACAUUCAAUUGCGUCUGACCACUUCAAAAAUGAACGCGGAACUCCUUAUAGCAGUAUGGAUAUAGAUCAUACUAUUCCUUUGAGGAAAAUAGUGAUAAGCUUGGAGGAUCAUGAAGCCAGAUUUUAGCCGCCAAUGGCAAAUGGGGAAGAAAAGGCAGUUUGGGAAGAUGCAAGUAAAAGAGAAAGAGAUGCCGGACACAGAUAUGUGUAUGGACCCACCUGGGGUGUGGCUAUGGUCGAAUUAGCUAUAAAAAUAUACGGGCAGCCCUUCAAGAAUACAGCCUCUUCAAUCGAUUUCAAAAAGCCAGAAUGCGUUCCCAUAAUCACAAAGGUUUUAUCUUUAUUACCAACAAAUCAACUAAAAAACCAGAUUGACAAUCUUCAAGUUCCCGUUGCAGAGGUUUUGAUUGAGGCAGUUAAGAGAGGAUACACAGAAUUAGUGGACGAUUUGUUAAAGCGCAGGGAUGAAGGUGAAGUGGGCGAGGAAGAAAAGAUGCUGUUCCAUUAUGCCUUGCCUCAUGAACCAGUCUUUUCACGACUUUAUGACACAUAUGCCAGUUCAUCUGAUGAUAUCAUUACAAUACAGGAUAAAUUUGGAAGAAACGUUCUUCAUUUGGCAGCAAAGGGAGAUUUCAACUCACGAGUUGUGGAUCGUUUGUUUGGGCGUUUUCCUUUAGCGGAGAAGCUAAUUCUUUCAAAGGACCAACAAAGGAGGACACCAUUGCACAUUGCUGCAUCCAAAGGGAAUACAAGAAUUAUUAAUAAAAUACUGCAAGAUCAUUUUGGAACCGCCGACUCUCCAGAAAAAAUAAACUACAUUCAAGCAACCGAUUCCUCUGGUCGAACAGCACUCCAAAUAGCAGCAAGUGAAGGCCAUGAUGAAUUAGUAAGGAUGCUUAUGGAUCAAGGGUCCUGCCCGCUCAGGGAACGUGACGGUCAGAAGAAAACAGCUUUGCACCAUGCGGCUCAAGUGAAGAUUCUAAGAGCCGCACUUGCCACUUGCAAAGCACUGUUAGAACAUGAUCGUCUUUCUUCUUCUAAGUGCUCGUUAUUGUUGUGGGCCUCAGCAACUGGCAUUGGCACUGCCGACGAGAUGGAACAUGUGCAUGAAGAUGUUAAAAGAUAUCUUCGAAAGAAAAAGGGAGAAUACAGAGAACCUUUGCUAGAAGCGGCGGCAAUUAAUAAUGAGGUUGAGAUGGCAUGGGAGCUUCUCAGUAGAGGCGCUGACUUUGCAGGCAUUCAUGAUCUAUCAAACAGACUGCAGUCACCAGAAAAAGAAUCCGUUGAAAAAGUGUUACGGCAAAUGGAGCAUAUAAAAGAGCAAGGACGAGAUCAACCAAGUAUGGAGGACAAACUUGGAAGAUAUGUCUUUGCCCAAGCCCUAGCUGCUCUGUUUUUAAACCGAUUUAUUGAAUCCCCAAUCACAGUGGGCAUUUCUGGAGAAUGGGGCAUGGGAAAAUCCAGUCUCAUGAUUCAGACAGAAAAGAUUCUACUCAUUACAGCAGCUCAGCUAACAUUUCCAAACCUCCUUCCACCCGAGAACUUUGAUGGAGCUAAAGGAAUCUCUCUUAGUAGAAGAGGCAGAAAAACAUUUCAACAGAUUAACAGAGGGGCUCACAAUUUAUUAGGUCUAGCAAAAAAUAAAUCCAAAAGACAGAAACCACUUGUCACUCUGCUCGAGGAAUAUCAACCUCGAUAUCAUGAUAUUUACAAGGCACUCGCAUGCAUGGAUCGUAACCAGAUGUUACAAUCAAGCUCAGUAUCACAACAUGGAAAGGAGCAUGUAUUGAGAGAAGUCCCUCGAAUUUUAACAAUUCGAUACAAUGCAUGGCACUAUAGAGAUCGACAUGAAGCUUGGGCAGGUCUGGGAGUCGCAAUCAGCAAAGAGAUUGAGAAAGCAAUGACGAGAGCUCAAUGGAUGAGUACUUGCUGGAGAUAUACUUGUGCCAAAGAAAAAGUAAAAAUUUGGUAUCAAUUAAUUUUGCCUUGUUUGUUGAUCAUAUUUGUUGACGUAUUAGUUCCUUGGACAGUGUGGAUGCAACUAGGAGAAAAAUUCCAGGGUUUAAAGUACGGAUCCAUUCCUUUUACUAUUAUACCAAGUGUAUGGGGUAUAUUAAAAUCAUUUUAUUCUGUUGUCAAACCCGUGAGCACACAAAUGGUGGAUUAUGUCAGAGCAUCAGACCUGGAUAAUGUCAGAGCACCAGACCAUACUAGCCACCUUGGCUACCAGGAAGCCGUUAUAUCUGACAUCAAUUUCCUUAAAAAAGAACUCGGAAAGCAACCAUAUCCGUUUUUCUCUUUUAUUUUAGGCCUAUGGUGUUGGAACUGGUUUGGUUUAUAUGCUGACAAUGUGGAAAAUACAAGUAUUCCCAAAUGCAUGCCAGCCUCUGAGCAUGAGAUUCGAAUAGUGACGUUUGUAGAUGACUUAGAUAGAUGCGAAGAAAAGGUCAUAUUACAGGUGCUAUCAGCAAUAAAUCUGGUUUUAGCCGAAUGCAAAAUCAAUGUCAUACUGGGAAUGGACAAAAAAAUGAUUGAAAGAGCAAUUAUGAGAAAUUUCGGAGAUGAAAGUGGUGUUCUAGCAGAAAAGUUUAUCAGCAAAAUUAUUCAAAUCCCUUUAAUCUUGCCAGAGCUCACAGAUCAAGAAUCAAAUAGGUUUCUAGAAUACCACUUAAGACAUAAAAACCCAGCAGAAGAUAUAGAAAAGAGGAGCUUUACUAAAAGCCAAUCCUGUCUAGUAGAACUUCCAGCAGGGGAACCGCAAAAUGAUGAUGGAUUGAAACGAGGGUGUAGAGAAAUGAUUGAAAAAGCAGUACACUGGUCGAAGGGGAUUUCAAAUAAGCUAAGGCGACCACACAAUGAAAGCCUUCAUUUAUCGAGAUCUGCAGAAGGCGUAAGGUUAAUUAGAGAAAUAUUGCUGCCAAAUUAUACGACAGAAGAAGCUGAUGUCUUUUAUAAGUUGAUGAGUUUUGCAACAGAAAACCAGAGACUUCCCCGAGAGUGGAAGCGCUUGUUAAGCUACCACAAAUUCGCAUGGUAUGUUCUAUCCCUAAUAGGAAACGUAUACAGCUUACCAACAUGGAAGAAGGAAUUGGUUGCAUGGGUAUUUGUUUGUUGGCAAUGGAAACAUGAAAUGAACCAUCUGAUCAAGGUAUGGAACAGAAUUGCUAAUGAGCAGAAGAGUGGUACAGACGAACAACGUUCCGAUUCACCUUCACUUGGUAAACUUGUCUGGCGCACCAUUCAGGUGGCAAAUUCAGAUACUAGUGGAGUAAAGGAACAAGGUAUAUCCCAAAUGAAUUGGCCAAAGCUACAAGAGGCAUUGUAUAAACAAGAUGUUUCAAUGGAAGGUAUACAAUUGUUUCAACAAUUUCGACUUCACUGCGAAAUUGACCAUCUUCCAUGCUGUCUUUAAUGGCUUACCAUAUCUUAUUAUGUAACCAAAGGGCUGUAAUGCAUCCUCAUUCCUCACUAAAGACUCAUAUGCUGAAGAUGCAUGAUCAAUGCGCUGUUUGCAUGAUCGAUGCAUGUGUUUAUAGUUUUUAGUUUUAGUACUAGUAAUGCAUGCAAUGCAUCAUGAGUGCAGGUAUGCAUAGUUUAGUUUUAAGUUGUAGUUUGAUGUUUUUCAUAAGAUUGAACAGCCAAUUUACACACGAGUAAUAUUUUUUUUUUUUCGAUUUGCAGCUGUGUAGCUGUGUAUGAUCACUCUAUUUUGGGCUGAGAUUUAUUUCAUUGCUAAUGUUUAUAUU